AUGACAGAAACAGUAAAUCUGAUCAUAGUAAAUUCAGAAAAUCAGGGGAAAGGUUUUAACUUUGUUGGGCAGGAGCGGCGGGAGAGCCUGGGAGGGGUCAUGAAACCCACCACCACCCGCAAUCGGGCAAUUAACAGCCAGCCAGCAAAUCACAAACGGAAAGUUGUCCAGGAGCCGGCUUCAUCGCGUAGCUUAAUAGAACAUAAUUUUUCCUUUUUUGUUCUUUCUAUUAUGAAGUAUUCCUUUAUGUAUUUAACAGUGGAACCAGAUACACCAAUAAUCUGUAACCAGUACAAGAAAUACAUUGGUCAAGAUCUAUCACUUUAUAUUGCAUUUACUCCAAAGGAAAAUGCUGGAAAGCUAACAAUGCUAAGGGAUUGUCACUCUUUCCAUAGGCCAACACCUGAAGAGGCAAUUCUAUGGUCUGAGUCUAUGGAUAAGCUGCUGUCUCACAAAGUUGGUCGGGCCACCUUCAGGAGCUUCCUCAGGAACGAGUUCAGUGAAGAGAACAUUGACUUCUGGCUGGCCUGUGAGGACUACAAGAAAAUCAAGACUCCUACAAAACUGGCUUCUGAGGCCAAGAAGAUUUACACUCAAUUUAUUAAAGUUGAGGCCCCUAAAGAGGUUAACAUUGAUUUUACAACACGAGAGCAUAUUAACAAAACAAUCAGUGAGCCCACUCCCUCCAGCUUUGACCUGGCACAGAAGCUAAUCUACAGCCUGAUGGCAAAAGACUGUUAUCCCAGAUUCCUGAGAUCCAACAACUACCUGGAAUUGGUAAACAAGACGGACAACAGUCAACAGAAAUGA